GUUGAGCGCCCCGCCCCGGCCCGGCCCGGCAGCACCCCGGCAGCGCGGCGGGAUGGCGGGCGGCGGGUACGGACGGUACCGGGCGGUGAUCUUCACGGCGAUGUUCGUGGGGUACACGCUGUACUACUUCAACCGGAAAACCUUCUCCUUCGUCAUGCCCGCCGUCAUGGCCGAGGUGCCGCUGGGCAAGGACGAGCUGGGGCUCAUCACCAGCAGCCAGUCCGCAGCCUACGCCGUCAGCAAGUUCAUCAGCGGCGUCCUCUCGGACCAGAUGAGCGCGCGGUGGCUCUUCUCGUCCGGCCUCCUGAUGGUGGGUCUGGUCAACGUGGUCUUCUCCUGGAGCUCCACCGUGACGGCCUUUGCCGGGCUCUGGUUUCUCAACGGGCUGGCCCAGGGGCUCGGGUGGCCGCCCUGUGGGAAGAUACUGCGGAAGUGGUUUGAGCCUUCCCAGUUUGGGACUUGGUGGGCAAUCCUGUCUACAAGCAUGAACUUGGCUGGAGGCUUAGGCCCCAUUGUUGCUGCUCUUGUGUCUCUCAACUACGAUUGGCGCAUGACUUUGUCCUUCUCUGGCUUCAUCUGCGUGGUUGUCUCUUUUGUUUGCCUUGUCCUGAUUAAAAAUGAGCCAUCGGAUGUUGGGCUACCCAACAUUGAACAAGGAACCAAGAAAGGAAAGAAAGGUUCUUCUAGCGACAACAGCACUUUGACAGAGCUGCUCCUCUCGCCAUACCUUUGGGUGCUCUCAACAGGCUACCUGGUUGUUUUUGGAGUGAAAACAUGCUGUACUGACUGGGGACAGCUUUUCCUGAUCCAGGAGAGGGGACAAUCUAUGCUUGUGGGUAGUUCCUAUAUGAGUGCCUUGGAGAUUGGGGGCCUGGUGGGAAGCAUUGCUGCUGGAUACCUUUCUGACAGAGCAGUAGCAAGAGUCGGUCUGUCAAACUAUGGGAAUCCUCGGCACACACUGCUGCUUUCCAUGAUGGCAGGGAUGUGUGUAUCCAUGUUUCUUUUCCGGGUAACAGUCACAGGCGAUUCUCCCAAGGAAAAUCACUUCUGGACUGUAGCCUUGCAACCUCUAGCUGAUCUUACAGGCCUAAAAGAACAUGAGCUGUGGAUACUGACUCUGGGAGCUGUGUUUGGGUUCUCCUCGUAUGGGCCGAUCGCUCUGUUUGGGGUGAUAGCCAACGAAAGUGCCCCUGCCAACCUCUGUGGCACCUCUCAUGCCAUUGUGGCUCUUAUGGCCAACGUUGGGGGCUUUCUGGCUGGACUACCCUUCAGUACCAUCGCCAAACACUACAGCUGGGCCACAGCCUUCUGGGUGGCUGAAAUCACCUGCACUGGUAGCACCGUGGCUUUCUUCUUACUGCGGAACAUCCGCACCAAAAUGGGCCGAAUUCCCAGGAAGGCUGACUGAGGAUAAGCUGCUUAGUGAAAAGGAUGCUCCUGUGCUGACACAAAUUAUAUUUGUUUUUUAU